AACACCGGGCGGGGCAAGCCGGAAGUGGCUGUCAAUUCAGUGAUUCACUUCCGGAGGCGGGUCCUUCCAGCGCAUGCUCGUUUCCAUCGCCUGCGGCGUCGUCCUCGAGAAUUGCUACAGUUUGUGGCAGUUUGUUGGGCUCUUCACAGUGAUGGGGUGUCGUGCUCUUUAACUCUUGAAGGAGAUGCGCUCUAAUGUAGCCAUCAGGGCCUGCCGAAAAGUCUGCAGGUGUCUGUUGUCUGGGUUUGGGGGUCGAAUAGAAGGGAGACAAGCCGAGCGUUUGGCGGAAAGGAGUGGCUCCCUCGGAGGGCACCCGAACGCCCACGCGGAGCUCGCCCGGGGCUGCGAGGAGACGGAAGCCCCCGAGUCUGCAGAGAGUGAGGCGCUGGUGGAGGUUUGUCAGAGAAGGCAUUUUCUUAGCGGAACUAAGCAGCAGCUUAGCCGAGAUUCUCUUCUGAGCGGGUGCCACCCGGGUUUUGGACCUUUAGGCAUAGAGCUGCGGAAGAACCUGGCCGCAGAAUGGUGGUCCUCGGUGGUGGUGUUCAGGGAGCAGGUCUUCGCGGUGGACGCCGUCCACCACGAACCAGGCCCUUCACUGCCGGGAGACGGCGCCUUCAGGUUAGUUUCGGCAGAAACUCUACGAGAAAUCUUGCAAGACAAAGAACUGAGUAAGGAACAGCUAGUAGCAUUUCUUGAGAACUUAUUAAAAACUUCUGGGAAACUCCGGGAGAAUCUUCUUCACGGUGCCUUGGAGCAGUAUGCUAAUUGCCUGGAUCUGGUAAACAAGAGGCUACCGUAUGGCCUCGCUCAGAUUGGAGUUUGUUUUCAUCCUGUUUCUGACAUAAAGCAGAUUCCUAGUGGUGUUAAAAGAAUUGGUGAGAGGACUGAAGCUUCACUAGUAUGGUUUACUUCUGCAAGGACUUCAAGCCAGUGGCUUGAUUUCUGGUUGCGUCAUCGACUCCUGUGGUGGAGAAAGUUUGCCAUGAGUCCAUCUAAUUUCAGCAGCAGUGAUUGUCAGGAUGAAGAGGGACGUAAAGGAAACAAACUUUACUACAAUUUUCCCUGGGGAAAGGAGCCAAUAGAAACUCUGUGGAAUCUAGGGGAUCAAGAACUCCUACGCAAGUAUCCUGGAAAUGUGUCUAAAUUACACGGCCGAGAUGGACGGAAAAAUGUGGUACCUUGUGUCCUGUCUGUAAGUGGGGAUCUGGACCGAGGCGUGCUAGCCUACCUCUAUGAUUCUCUCCAGCUCACCGAGAACUCCUUUGCAAGGAAGAAAAUCCUUCAUAGAAAGGUCCUGAAGCUCCACCCUUGCUUAGUCCCUGUAAAGGUGGCCUUGGAUGUGGGAAGAGGCCCUACGGUGGAGCUAAGACAAGUUUGUCAAGGGCUAUAUAAUGAAUUACUAGAAAGUGGAAUUUCUGUGUGGCCUGGAUACUUGGAAACCUUGCCAUCUUCAUUGGAACAGCUUUAUUCAAAGUAUGAUGAAAUGAGUAUCCUUUUCACAGUUUUGAUUACUGAAACUACUUUGGAGAAUGGAUUAAUACAUCUGAGAAAUAGAGAUACCACAAUGAAGGAAAUGAUGCAUAUAUCCAAAUUAAAAGACUUUUUAAUCAAGUAUAUGUCAUCAGCUAAGAAUGUAUAGGUUUUCACAUUUGUAUAAUAAAUACUCUCCUAAUUUGGUUGUUUUAUGUUCA